GCAACCUAAGCUAAGAGCAUAUAUAUAUACAUAGAGAGAGAGAGAGAAUAUAGAUGGACGACCGAGAUUUCUCCGUCCAAGUAUAAAAAUUUCUCAAUAUAUCUUAUAACAAGGUACUAGCUAGGAUAUCCAAGAAAGAGAAAAAAGAAGGAAAAUUUAAAGGCCUUGUGUUGAUUUAGAUGAAGACAAGUAUGGCAAAGAGUAUCCAAGAUUUGUCAUCCAAGAAGCAGUUCCACUGGACAGCCAAAGUUAGUAAUGAAGAAGCAAUAGCAAUAGCAGAGAAAGAAGAAAAGAGUGAUGCUAUGAAUGAAGGGAAUGCAGAAGAAAAGCCCCCCAAGGUUUCAGUUGUAAAGUCAGUUUUGAGUAGCAUCCAAGAAGAGAAGAAAGAGAAAGAGAAUGAAGAAUCAUCAUCAUCAUCAUCAUCAUCAUCAUCAGGUAGUUCUGCAAGGAGGAAACUGCAAGCAAUAGCAGUAUCCAGGCUGAAAUCCAUGAUUGGAUUUGGCAGAAACAGAGCCCAUUUCCAUGGCUUAGGAACAAGGCUUGUAGGCACCCUUUUUGGUUACAGGAGAGGGCAUGUGCACUUUGCAUUCCAGAAAGACCCCACAUCUCACCCAGUGUUCUUGGUUGAGCUAGCCACCCCAAUAACUGGGCUGGUUCGCGAGAUGGCGUCCGGGCUGGUCAGAAUCGCCCUGGAAUGCGACAAGGACGACAAGAAGGCGGGGGGCGGUGCAAGCUGCAGGCUCAUAGAUCAGGCUGUGUGGAGAACAUACUGCAAUGGGAAGAAAUGUGGGUUCGCCACAAGGCGCGAAUGCGGGGCCAAAGAAUGGCAGAUUUUGAAGGCUGUGGAGCCCAUUUCCAUGGGGGCUGGUGUUUUGCCAGCAGCAGCAAAUGGGGAAGGAGAAGAGGUGAUGUACAUGAGAGCCAAGUUUGAGAGAGUUGUGGGAUCAAGAGACUCAGAGGCAUUCUACAUGAUGAAUCCUGAUAGCAAUGCUGCUCCUGAACUCAGUAUUUACUUGCUCAGAGUUUGAAACUACUUACUUAGAUGCAAUUUUUAUUUUUAUUUUUAAUUUCUGGGGGUGAAUGAAGGUAUAUUUUAUCAUCUUUAGAUGUCACAAAUUAAAGUUGAAUAUAAUCAAUCCUCUGUGUAGCUUAAGGUCUAAGGGCAUGGAGAUUUAGUGAUCUCCAAUGUUGUUCUUUUUCUACUACUACUUUACUUAUCAUGUUUAAGGAAGAUCCUUCCUGUUCAUAGAAUGGAGAAGACUGGGAAUCCUUUGUAUUAAUUUACUUUUUGGGUGGAAUGGAAAAUACUUACUAUUAUUGCA